AUGGCGGACGAAAACGAAGAACUCGAACCCUUGUUUGAUUACACUCGCGUUCAACCCAACAUCGUUUGUCUUGAUGAUGAUGAUGACGACGACGAUGUCGUUUGUGUUGGUAAGAAGAGAAAAAAGAAUUCUCAGCAAGAAGUUGAGAAUGGGAAGACUAAUGUGGAAGCUGUGCCAGUGAGUGUGGUGGACGUUGAGGAUGACGAUUGGUUACCUUCUCCGCCAAAGGUCACAAGGAUGGCUGAGAUGAAGAUUGAUGAGCAGGAUUCGACUUUAAAGAAUUUGAGAUUGAAGAAGAAAGAGCUUGCCUCUUUUGCUGAAUCAGCAAAAGAAUUGUUAAAAACUGUUGAGUCUGUAGAAAUGGAAAAUUUUGAUUCAUUGCAGACAUCCACGGACGAUGCAAGUGAAAAAACAUCAAAACCUUCUGAGCGGGCAAAGAUCCUCAUCUCUGUUCAAGACAAGGAUGAAACAAAGCAGAUUCGUAUGUUCAUGGAUGACAAGUUUGAAAGGAUUAGUAAAACAUAUGCAGAGAAAAUGAAGUGUGAUAUGAAACAAAUUGUAUUGUUAUUUGAUGGUGAUAAAAUAAGUUCAUCUGAAACCCCUGCUAGCCUUGGAAUGGAAGACAGUGAUAUGAUUGAAGUUCAUGUGAAAUCAAGCUGA